AUGUACGAUCGGGAUCAUAUUCUUUACCAAUUAGCAUAUUUUUCUCCUUCCGCUCUCAUGAACUAUGACAUAGAGGAGGAAGAAAAUCGUCGUAGAGUGUCGGAAUUUUUCAAUUACCCUGUGGGCAAGAUCGAAGACGAAUUUCAGCAACUUUCUGAUCAGCUCGGCAGACACUUACCAGCAGAAUUGCGAGCAGAGUUAACAAAAGCGUCAGCGAAGAUGCAGUAUUUCUUGCCAGUUUUGCGCAAGCACAUGCGAUCACAGACCGCUUAUAUUACUAAUCGUCCAAAUUUGAUGUCCUUGCUGGCCAAAAUUGUUUCCAUUCCUAUCAGCACUGCAGAUGUAGAGAGGGGAUUCUCUAUUUACUCAGUUAUCAGAGAGCCACGAAGAAGCCGUACCAUUAUGAAGAACAUGAACAAUUAUUUGAGGAUUGCUAUAAGUGGACCGGACAAGCUGUCACCAUACGAAUUCCUUGACUAUCCCACAAAAUGGAGAUCAGAGCACCAUCUACGUGCCGACUUCCGCGGUGCAACAAGAGGCCCAGGGAAGAAGUCACUUCAACGUAUUCGAGAAGAAAAAGAGUACAAAAACAUCUUCGAUUCGGAUCGCUUCUACACUCAGUUCUACUUUUCGCUAUCUGGAGAGGAACUUUUAGAUGAUGAGGUUCCUGAGAGUCAAGAUAGCGACAGUGAUGAGAUAAUGCAUGAAGAAUUGUAG